AUGUCCAUCGCCUGUCUUCCCAUUGAGUUGGUGAGGAAAAUCUGCACCUAUCUACAGCUACCAGCCUGGUGUGCGCUUCGACUGACUUGUCGGUCGCUCUACAACAUCACUCUCAAUUCGUUUCGACGCGUCUUCCGCAGCAUCUCCGUCUUGUGCACCUCCGGCGGACUGUGCCAACUCUAUGAGCUUUCCAUGCACGAGGGUAUUCGUCAACAUGUCGAAGAGCUCAGACUUGUCCCGGAGCUAUUCAAUGGUGAAUAUGAAAUGCAUUCCUAUGGUUUCGCAUAUUGGGACUGUAUUCAAUUGGCCUUGAAGAAACAGCGACAGCAGCAGCCUGAGGAGGAGUACUCAGCUUCAGCCCAUGUCUCGCAAUACUAUCAGGAUUUUCACUUCGUCAUGAAAGAUCAUCGACGCAUACUGAAGUCGCCGACUGCCAUCCGCGUUCUCCGACACUGCAUGGGCCGUCUUGUCAACUUAACUACAGUCGGGUUACGAUAUCGCCCUGCCGAAGGAAGUCGUAACUCGAUAUGUCUAGGCUGGCGCAGUCUAACAGACGACCUCGGCUUUCCCCCCAAAUUUCCCCAGGAAUUCCGCCGGCACGAUUGGAUCUCCAGAGAGCAGGAUCGAGCUUUCUGCGUUCUUGUAAGGGCCCUAAUUGGCGGUGGUCGGAAAGUGGAGAAUCUAUCGACAUGUGGUAAACCAUGCUACGGCGUGGCGCUUGCCAGGCUGAAGCUGACUCAAAAAGAAUGGACAUCCUUUGUUUCCCUCAUGAAAGGCUUGUUGAAGUUACACCUUUGUCUGGAGGGAACACAGGAGGGCGACCAUCCAGAACGUCCCCGUGAGCUGUUGACAGCCGUUGGCCCGACUCUCGAGGUACUACGGUAUCAAUUCGACUCCAUCAACGCGUCUUACCCCCCUACAACUUUCCCCAUUCUCGGGAUCUUCCCGGGAAUACAGUUUCCGCGUCUGCGCGAAGUCCGUUUGCAGAAUCUGGUGGCCCCGCCGGAAGCCCUGAUGGAAUUUCUUCGUGCUGUCUCGCCUACCUUGACCGACCUGAUUUUAAAAGGGGUCAGUCUAGCCCAGCCUGACGAUCCGUACGGCCCUUUGCCCCAAGAAGACACCCCAUGGGAGACCAAGCACCGUUGGCAGCAUGCUUUGGAAUGUUUCCGCGAUAAGCUGUCCUUGCACUUCCUUGUAUUGCAGGCCGUUAUGUUUAAGAGUAACGUACUGGAAAUUGAAGAUGAGACAUACACCUGGGGCCCGCCACAUAAUCAGGAUACGGCUGCUUAUAACGUUGCGCGAACCGGCCUUUCCUUCCAGGAUUGGGUGAACCAGCUACGUCUGAAAUGA